AUGGCAGCUCCAGCAAGUGCGGAUAUCAAGAAGCUCGAGGGGAAAUGGGUCAUGAACAAGUCCCUCUCGGAUGCAUUCGACGCCGUCCUCGCCCUGCAGGGCAUGGGCUGGCUGACGCGCAAAGCCCUCGGCGCAGCAACCGUAACCCAACACCUCUACCAAACCACCAUAGACGGCGAAGACAACACGCCAACGACAGAGAUCAAAAUCGACCAACUCAUCACCGGCGGCAUCAAAGGCUCCACCGAGACCCGCAUCCUAGACUGGCACUACCGCGAGCACGUCGACCGGCUCUUCGGCACCGUCAAGGGACGGUCGCGCUACAUUACCUUAGCCAAGGCAGUCGAAGAAGGAAAGGCUGCAGGUGUGAGCGAGGAAGAUGCAAAGUUUGUGGCUGAAGGCUGGCUGAAGGAGACGGAAGAGGGAGAUGUUGUCGAGAGCUUUGUGGAAAACGAGGCGAACAAAUGGACUGCGUGGCAGAUUUGGGGCUUCGCGGAUAUUGGGGGUGAGAGGAAGCUGACGAGGAAGUUUGUGGUUAGGAAGGUGGGGAGUGAUGAGGUGGUUAGGAAGUCGGUGCAAAUUGACAUUUUCGCCAUGAGCACGUUUAACAUGGCCGAUACGAGCUUUCUAACGGACCUCUUCCUUGCCCUUAUCGUUCUGACAUCUACAAUCCUCAUCCUGAUGUUGGUUUGCCUCGUCAUCCGCCUCAUCAACCGACACAAACAAAAGGCCAGUCAACAACCAGCCCAAGAGCCCGCUCUACUCGAUCUCGAAUCCGGUCGAGAGUCCCGCCUAUCGCAUCGCCUUUCGCGGCAACAAAUACAACAGGAGCACUACGAAGACCUACAGCAACGCUACUCGUCCGUACCGCCAUCACCAUCAAUCGAACUACUCCCCGAGAUCAAGACGAGCGCAAGUGAUGACAGAGCGAGCGAGUGGUUGGAACGCGGCGUUACUGAUGAAGGCAUUAAUGUGGUUCAUGGGGACUUGGGGGAGAAGAAGUCGGAGAUGACACAGGCGGUCGUGGUUAGGCCGAAGAAACAGUUGAGGUGGGAGUGGAGGGAUGGGAAGGGGGAUAAUGGUGCUGUGCCGAAGAGAUCCAGAGUUAUUGAAAGGACGGAUAAGGAUGGGAUCGAUUUCAGACACUCUCGACAUCGACGGAAUCUGAAAAUGAGUAUCAUGGCGAACAUUGGAGGAGACCAUAUUGAUGUCGACACGCAUCCGUACCCUGGUAUGCAGGAAAGCCUCUACGGCAAGGCCUCGGAGGUUCUCAAUGCGGACGUUGGUUCCGGAGAGAGUGGUCACGCGAACUCGCUGAUUGUCGACAUACCAAUGACUACGCACCUCACCUCAACAAAGCACUCUCAACAUAUACAACAUUCGUCGUUGGCUCAAUUCAUACACCCUGCCACGUAUAGGGAUGCAACUCCAGAAGACACACGUCCUAUUGGCGCCAUCUUCGCGGUUGUCCUCGCUGGUAUCAUCGGUCUUGCAGUCCCAAUCACCCUCUUGACACGGUACCUGAAACGCGCCAGACAGGAGACGAAGCAGAUGGAGGAAGAAGACGCGGUCUUGGAGGAUGUGUUAUACCGCAGUAAACUCAACGAAAGAGCGUGGAAUGUGGGGUUGAAGCGACUGCACACGGCUUCCAUUAGGAAGUGGUCCAACGAAGAAGCCAGUGUACAGUUCGUGGGUGUGCUUUGGCGGCCGAACUUGGAUAUGAAGACUCCGUGGUUGCAAGGCUGUGCGGAGCGCGAGGUGCUGGAGAAGCUAUUUGAGCGGGAAAAUAGGUGUGUCCGGAGUGAUAUCGAUAGCGGCAAGACCGUUGAAAUUGAUAACCGAUGA